GCGGUCCUCAUCUUCCACAAGUCUCACCGAUACUUGGCCGGGCCUUGGCGGAUCUUUACCGCGGUGUUGUCGACGAAAAAGACAAACAAACAAACAAAUCGAGCGGUGAUAACUCAGAUAGCUUUCUAAACGUCUUCCUUCACAAACCAUUUGAAAACUGUACGGCCUAUCCGGUUGGUCAGGCAUCAGAUAAAACAGGUAUUGUUUUGGCGACUGCUCCGUUUCGGUCCGCACAGACGAUGUUCAAAGAUUUUUACACGUUUUGUCGGAACUAGAACCGUUUCAAACCCUGUCUCUGAAAUAAUUCACUAGGCUAACUGGGUGUAUUUUUCGUGAAUGGUCGCAAAAUGUCGACAGAAUCAAACUUGGCCGCGGUUUUUUGGUGUUUAACAGGUAUUUUGGCUUGUAAUGCCCAAGAAUGUGGCCGACCACCACUUGUUGAGAACAGGAUUGUGGGAGGGGCGGACGCCUCAGACGGGGCCUGGCCGUGGCAAGUGGAUAUUCAGAUCAAUGGCCAUGUCUGCGGAGGCUCCAUCAUCUCUGAGUACUGGGUCCUCUCAGCUGCUCACUGUUUCCCCAAUCCAUUCGACUUGGGGUCUUACAUCAUCUAUGCAGGCCGCUACCAGCUGAACGGCUUCAACCCGUACCAGUCGACGCAUUCUGUGAGCGAGGUGGUGAUCCCGUCUGGUUACGUGGAGCCUCACCAGGGACGGGACAUAGCGCUGGUGAGGCUGUCCACCCCGGUAACCUGGUCGGAUCGCGUCCGUCCCAUCUGUCUGCCCGAUUCUGGCACCCUGUUCCCAGGUGGCAUGCAGUGCUAUGUCACUGGCUGGGGAAACAUCCGAGAUGAAGUCUCUCUACCAGGAGUGGGGACGCUGCAGGAAGUGCAGGUGCCAAUCAUCUCCCAGUCUUCUUGUCAAGAGAUGUACCGGCUGCAACCGUCGGAGACGGUGGAUAUCCUGUUUGACAUGAUCUGUGCCGGAUACCAGGAGGGCGGCAAGGACUCCUGCCAGGGUGACUCAGGAGGGCCCCUUGUGUGCCAGAUGGUGAAUGGGACCUGGGUGCAGGCUGGGGUAGUGAGUUUUGGACUGGGUUGUGCUCAGGCCAACCGGCCCGGGGUGUAUGCCAAAGUAUCUGCCUUCUCAGACUUCAUUCGCAGCACGGUACCAGGGAUCCGUUUGUAUGGCCGUGCUAAUCAGAAACAGCCCGGCUGGGCCGCUGUACUCGGCUGUGUGUUCACUCUGCUGAUAAUGCUGCUACAGAGAUAGGACACUGUGAAAACUGGAUGUCGGGAAGGUAGAAACCAAACCAAGCCAAAUGAAGGAACUAUCUUAUUUGCAAAUGUCCAGAUUUAUUCCAAAUCUUUGUUCUAAAUAGUGAAUCAAGUUUAGCAAUGAAUUGUUAUAUUAGUAUUUGAUACACGCGUAAAGCCAUUUUGUACAUGCAACUUAUUUAAGCACCAUGACCAUUUAGCAUUAUGCUGUUUUUUAUAGUGGUUUUGAUAGGUUUAUCUUUUUAAAAAAAUCAGAAUUAUGUGUAUGAAUUGUUUUCUGUAAUUGAAAUAAAUUAAUAAGAUUGUUGA